AUGGACAUCCAGCCCCGCCGCCACCGCCGGCAUCACUCGAGCAGCUCCUUCCGACGACCUCCAUUGUCUACCUUGCCCUCAUCGUCCUGGUCGACCGGUGAGCCGUCGUCCCCGAGAGUGGGUUGCACGGGCCACAUCAAGAGGAGCAAGACCAUGCGUUUGACCCCCGCAGCGGACGCGACGUUACACGAUGGCAAGCUGCUCAAGUGGGCAAGAAGCUUUUGGAGGAGGAGCAGCAGCGUUGGCCGAAGAACCUGUGCCGAGGCGGCGGAGGUCACCGAUUUGGCGGACUUGGACCCCCCGCGGCCGGUCGUGAAGCACGUGAGACGGAGCACCGACGCGGUCAGCCUUUGGAACAGGCGAAGCGGAGGGGAGGAGCUCAAAGUACUACAGAUGCAUCGUCAAUUUGUACACUGGUCUUCUGCUGCCUAG